AUGGUCUCGGUUGACCAGGAGGUAGUUUUGGGAAACAGGAGAAGGUUUUGGGUGGCCAAGAGGGGCCCAUCCUGCCUGUGGUGCAGCCCUACCUGCCUCGCCGGCAGCCACCUCGCCAGGAUGAACGGGAUGGCCAACGUCAACCCUGCCAGCCGCAGCCACUACGCCUCGGCCAUCCCAGUGCCCCGUGCUGUGGCCCAUGGCAAGCUGCACGCUGCGGCCCCCACGAGCACCCCAGGGCUGCAGGAGGACCGGGAGGAGGAGAGGGCCACGUCCCUGGGUGACGAGUGCCCCAGUCCUGCGGAGGGACUUGACCCCGACCCCAAACCCAGAGGCCUGAUGCGACGACGAGCUGCUGGGGGGGCGGCGGGGGGCGGGGGCGGCGGAGGCGGCAAGUGCGACGACGAGCUGCUAAGGGGCCGGGGGCCGGCGGCGGCGGGCGCUGAGGAGAAGCCCUACCUGAAGGUGGACCCCGAGCUGGUGGUGACGGUGCUGGGUGACCUGGAGCAGCUCCUCUUCAGCCAGAUGCUGGACCCCGAGUCCCAGAGGAAGAGGACAGUGCAGAAUGUGCUGGACCUUCGGCAGAACCUGGAGGAGACCAUGUCCAGCCUGAGGGGCUCUCAGGUGUCUCACAGCUCCCUGGAGAUGACCUGCUAUGACAGUGAUGAAGCCAACGCCCGGAGCGUCUCCAGCCUGUCCAACCGCUCCUCCCCGCUGUCCUGGCGCUAUGGGCAGUCAAGCCCGCGCCUGCAGGCAGGGGAUGCACCGUCAGUCAGGGGGACCUGCCGCUCUGAGGGCACCCCCAGCUGGUACAUGCACGGCGAGCGGGCGCACUACUCGCACACCAUGCCCAUGCGCAGCCCCAGCAAGCUGAGCCACAUCUCCCGCCUGGAGCUGGUCGAGGCAUUGGACACCGACGAUGUGGAGCUGAAGUCGGGCUACAUGAGCGACAGUGAUCUGAUGGGGAAGACGCUGACAGAGGAUGACGACAUCACCACAGGCUGGGAUGAGAGCAGCUCCAUCAGCAGCGGCCUCAGCGAUGCCUCUGACAACCUCAGCUCGGAGGAGUUCAAUGCCAGCUCCUCGCUCAACUCCCUGCCCUCCCCCCCCACCGCCUCACGCAGGAACUCCNNNNCACAGCUGCGCACGGACUCAGAGAAGCGCUCGCUGGCGGAGAGCGGACUGAGCUGGUACUGUGAGGGUGAGGACAAGGCACCCAAGAAGCUGGACUACGACAGCAGCAGCCUCAAGAUGGAGCACGGCUCCUCCAAGUGGCGGCGGGAGCCUUCGGAGGGUGGUGAGGAGGGGCCCAAGGGCGGGGAGCUGAAGAAGCCCGUCAGCCUGGGCACCCCGGGCUCCCUCAAGAAGGGCAAGACCCCUCCGGUGGCCGUGACCUCCCCCAUCACCCACACAGCCCAGAGCACCCUCAAAGUGGCAGGCAAGCCCGAGACCAAAGCCACCGACAAGAGCAAGCUGUCUGUGAAGAGCACAGGCCUGCAGCGCUCCUCCUCCGAUGCCGGUCGUGACCGCAUUGCUGAUGCCAAGAAGCCACCCUCGGGUCUCACGCGCCCCUCGGCCUCCAGCUCCUUUGGCUAUAAGAAACCAGCUCCUGCCACUGGCACGGCCACUGUCAUGCAGGCUGGGGGUUCGGCCACGCUCGGCAAGAUCCAGAAGAGCUCUGGCAUCCCCGUCAAGCCAGUCAGUGGGAGGAAAACAAGCCUGGACGUCUCCAACGCAGCUGAGCCUGGCUUCCUGGCCCCAGGGGCUCGUUCCAACAUCCAGUACCGCAGCCUGCCCCGGCCGGCCAAGUCCAGCUCCAUGAGUGUGACUGGUGGCCGUGGCACAAACCGGCCAGUCAGCAGCAGCAUCGAUCCCAGCCUGCUGAGCACCAAGCAGGGCACCAUUUCAGUGUCACGGCUCAAGGAGCCGUCCAAGAUCGGCGCCGGCCGCGGCGCGCCGGCCCCUGUGAACCAGACGGACCGUGAGAAGGAGAAGGCCAAAGCCAAGGCAGUGGCACUCGACUCUGAGUGCGGGACGCUGAAGAGCGUCAGCUCGCCUGAGAGCACCCCAAAAGCCCAGGCCAACCUCCCGCCGGCGGCCAAGGUGGCUGAGCUGCCUCCCACGCCUCUCAGAGCGGCUGCCAAGACCUACGUGAAGCCUCCCUCGCUGGCCAACUUGGACAAGGUCAACUCCAACAGCCUGGACUUGCCCUCCUCCAGCGAGCUGCACCCCCCACACACUGCCAAGCUCCAGGACCUGCACCCGGCUGGUGGGCACCUUGCGCCCUGCUUCAGCCCCAGUCCUGCCCCCAUCCUCAACAUCAACUCGGCCAGCUUCUCCCAGGGCCUGGAGCUCAUGGGCGGCUUCAGCGUCCCCAAGGAGGGCAGGAUGUACCCCAAGCUCUCAGGCCUGCACCGCAGCAUGGAGUCCUUGCAGAUGCCCAUGAGCCUGCCCAGUGCCUUUUCGGGGGGCAGCACCACCACCCCCACCCCUGCUGCUGCACCCCCUGCCAGCACAGAGGAGGAGGAAGAGGCAGGGGAGCUGGGCUGGAGCGGGAGCCCCCGGCUCGCACAUCUGGACAGUGCCAACCGUGACAGGAACACGCUGCCCAAGAAGGGUUUGAGGUACCAGCUCCACUCCCAGGAGGAGGCCAAGGAGCGGCGCCAUUCACAUGCUGUCAGCAGCGGGCUCCCCGAGUCGGACGACCAGCAGGAGCUGCCCUCACCUCCCGCCCUCCCCAUGGCGCUGGUCGGGAAGGGUCCGCUCACCAGCAUCGUGAGCCCCACUGCCGCCGCAACCCCGCGGAUCACCCGCUCCAACAGCAUCCCCACCCACGACUCCACCUUCGAGCUGUACAGCACGUCCCAGAUGGGCAGCACCCUCUCCCUGGCCGACAAGCCCAAGGGCAUGAUCCGCUCGGGCUCAUUCCGGGACCCUGUGGACGACGUUCAUGGAUCGGUGCUGUCCCUGGCCUCGAGCGCGUCCUCCACCUACUCCUCCGCUGAGGAGAAGAUGCAGUCCGAGCAAAUCCGUAAGCUGCGCCGCGAGCUGGAGUCCUCUCAGGAGAAGGUGGCCACCCUGACGUCCCAGCUGUCUGCUAAUGCCAACCUGGUGGCGGCUUUUGAGCAGAGCCUGGUGAGCAUGACAUCCCGCCUGCGGCACUUGGCUGAGACCGCUGAGGAGAAGGACACGGAGCUGCUGGACCUGCGAGAGACCAUCGACUUCCUGAAGAAGAAGAACUCAGAGGCCCAAGCUGUGAUCCAGGGCGCCCUGAAUGGCACUGACGUCACCCCCAAAGAGCUGCGCAUCAAGCGGCAGAACUCCUCUGACAGUAUCUCCAGCCUCAACAGCAUCACCAGCCACUCCAGCAUUGGCAGCAGCAAGGAUGCCGACGCCAAGAAGAAGAAGAAGAAGAGCUGGGUGUAUGAGCUACGCAGCUCCUUCAACAAGGCCUUCAGCAUCAAGAAGGGACCUAAAUCAGCCUCGUCCUACUCGGACAUCGAGGAGAUUGCCACGCCAGACUCGUCGGCCCCCUCCUCCCCCAAGCUGCAGCAUGGCUCUACAGAGACUGCCUCACCUUCCAUCAAAUCCUCUACGUCCUCCUCUGUGGGCAUCGACACGGCUGAGCUCUUCCAGGCCCACAGCGAGGGCGAACCAGAGAAGAAGGAGGUGUCGGAGCUGCGGUCAGAGCUGUGGGAGAAGGAGAUGAAGCUGACGGACAUCCGCCUGGAGGCCCUCAACUCUGCUCACCAGCUGGAGCAGCUGCGGGAGACCAUGCACAACAUGCAGCUGGAGGUGGAUCUCCUGAAGGCUGAGAAUGACCGGCUCAAAGUGGCUCCGGGGCCCUCGGCAGUGCCAGGCUCCGUUCCCGGCCAUGUCACGAGCACGUCGGCCUCCUCUUCACCGCGGCGCUCCCUGGGUCUCGCCCUCGGCCGUGCCUUCAGCCCCAGCCUGGGGGACGCAGAUGUGUCCCCCAUGGAUGCUGUCAGUGCUGGUGCCCAGAAGGAUGAGCUGACACUGCGGAUUGUGGUGCGCAUGCCGCCCCAGCACAUCAUCAAGGGGGACCUCAAGCAGCAGGAGUUUUUCCUGGGCUGGACCAAGGUGAGCGGGAAGGUGGACUGGAAGAUGCUGGAUGAGGCUGUCUGCCAGGUCUUCAAGGAUUACAUCACUAAGAUGGAUCCUGCUUCCACGCUGGGGCUCAGCACUGAGUCUGUCUAUGGCUACAGCAUCAGCCACAUCAAGCGGGUCCUGGACACAGAGCCGCCAGAGCUGCCGCUGUGCCACCGGGGCCUGACCAGCAUCGUCGUGACGCUCAAAGGCUUGAAGGAGAAGUGCGUGGACAGCCUGGUGUUCGAGACGCUCAUCCCCAAGCCCAUGAUGCAGCAUUACAUCAGCCUCCUGCUGAAGCACCGGCGGCUCAUCCUCUCGGGACCCAGCGGCACUGGCAAGACCUACCUGACCAACCGCCUGGCUGAGUACCUGGUGGAGCGCUCGGGUCGGGAUGUCACCGAGGGCAUCGUCAGCACCUUCAACAUGCACCAGCAGUCCUGCAAGGACCUGCAGCUGUACCUCUCCAACCUGGCCAAUCAGAUCGACCGGGAGACGGGCACGGCGGACGUGCCGCUGGUGAUCCUCCUAGAUGACCUCAGCGAGGCGGGCUCCAUCAGCGAGCUCGUCAACGGUGCGCUCACCUGCAAGUACCACAAAUGCCCCUACAUCAUUGGGACCACCAACCAGCCUGUGAAGAUGACCCCAAACCAUGGCCUCCAUCUCAGCUUCAGGAUGCUGACCUUCUCAAACAACGUGGAGCCAGCCAACGGCUUCCUGGUGCGCUACCUGCGGCGAAAGCUGCUGGAGUCAGACACAGAUGUUAAUGCCAACAAGGAGGAGCUGCUGCGUGUGCUGGACUGGGUGCCCAAGCUCUGGUACCACUUGCACACCUUCCUGGAGAAACACAGCACUUCAGACUUCCUCAUCGGUCCCUGCUUCUUCCUGUCCUGCCCCAUUGGAAUUGAGGAUUUCCGGACCUGGUUUAUCGACCUGUGGAACAACUCCAUCAUCCCUUACCUGCAGGAGGGGGCAAAAGAUGGGCUCAAGGUUCACGGGCAGAAGGCAGCCUGGGAGGACCCCGUGGAGUGGGUGCGGGACACCCUACCCUGGCCGUCAGCGCAGCAGGACCAGUCCAAGCUGUACCACCUGCCCCCACCCACCAUCGGGCCCCACAGCACUGUUUCACCUCCUGAGGAGCGCACCGUCAAAGACACGACGCCCAGCUCCCUGGACUCGGACCCUCUGAUGGCCAUGCUGCUGAAGCUCCAGGAAGCCGCCAACUACAUCGAGUCUCCGGACCGUGAGACCAUGGUGGAUCCCGACCUGCAGUCGACUCUGUGA